GUCGUACUGACAGUUCCUGUUUAAUUUUUAGAAAUAUUUUAAGAAUAGUUUAAGAAAUAUGGAAAACAACCAUUAAUCGGUGUAUCUCUCGUAUGCGGCUAACUUGCCAUCCGAGGAGCGCUUCAUAGCCGAGUGGAUGAAUCUGCUGAGUUCAUGCGCAUAUGACUACUAGCUCGAAGCCUCCGUGGACAUCGUUAACUAGCUACCAGCAGAUGCCGUGUAAUGUCUUGCUGGGAAAGCCGUGGACAGCAGUGGCGUAGGAGCCGAAAUCUAUGCGCAAUUUGAGGAUCAUUUGACAUUUAAUUGAUUUUGUUUUAACAGUUAAAGUCAUUUGGAAGGUAUCAAGAUGUCUGUCGCGGGCUUAAAGAAGCAGUUUUAUAAAGCGAGCCAGAUGGUGAGCGAGAAGGUGGGUGGCGCUGAGGGAACCAAACUGGACGAAGAUUUCAAAGACCUGGAACGGAAAGUAGAUGUCACCAGCAAAGCCGUAGUGGAGGUCAUCUCCAAAACCUCAGAGUACCUGCAGCCCAACCCAGCUUCCCGAGCCAAGCUGUCCAUGCUGAACACCAUGUCAAAGAUCCGUGGGCAGGUGAAGAGUCCGGGCUACCCCCAGGCUGAGGGCCUUCUGGGGGAGUGCAUGGCCAAGUAUGGCCGUGACCUGGGAGAGGACACCAACUUUGGCGGUGCUCUGAUGGACGCAGGAGAGACCAUGAAGAGGCUUGCUGAGGUCAAAGACUCACUCGACAUCGAUGUCAAACAGAAUUUUAUUGACCCACUGCAGAACCUGUAUGACAAAGACAUCAGGGAAAUACAGCACCACCUGAAGAAGCUGGAGGGCCGUCGUCUGGACUACGAUUACAAGAAGAAGCGCACGGGCAAGAUCUCCGACGAUGAGGUGCGGCAGGCCCUGGAGAAGUUCCACGAGUCCAAGGAGGUGGCCGAGACCAGCAUGUACAACCUGCUGGAGACCGACCAGAUCGAGCAGGUGAGUCAGCUCUCCUCCCUGGUGGAGUCCCAGGUGCAGUAUCAUCAACAGGCUGUGCAAAUCCUGGAGGAAUUAUCCACCAAGCUCAAAGACAGGAUAAGCGAGGCCCAGACCCGCCCACGCAGGGAGUACGUCCCCAAGCCCAAGCCAGUCUUCGAGUUCCAAGAGUCCAUCGACCAAUCCAAUGGUGGCUUCACUCCGCCCGCAGCAGCUCCUCCUCCUUCCCGCAACUCAGACCUCCUCCAUUUUGGCCGAGUUCCCUCAAUACGGAAACCCAGGACGCCCUCGGAGCAGCCGUGCUGUAAAGCGCUGUACGACUUUGAGCCGGAGAACGAGGGCGAGCUGGGCUUCCGCGAGGGUGACAUCAUCACCCUGACCAAUCAGAUCGACGAGAACUGGUACGAGGGCAUGCUGCACGGCCAAUCAGGCUUCUUCCCCCUCAACUACGUGGAGGUGGUCGUCCCGCUGUCCCACUGAGGUCCUCUUGCAAAGAUGACACCAAGGGACGAGGGGGAGGAAGAGGGAGAAAAGAGAGAGAGAUGGCGAAAGAGGAGAAAAAGAGAUGGAUGGAUGGAUGGAGGGAGGGAGAGAGAGAGGGAAGGAGGGGGGAAAUGAGGAGCCCGUUUUCACGGUCUUCGGUCUUCACUCAGUGCUCAUCACCAUGGUCGUCGCCACAGACGAAGACUGUUAACCUGUACUCUGGCACUUUGUCACCGAGACUCUGGCGAGGGAAACUUCCGGAAGAGGGUGGCUUCUCACAUUCCAUCACAGACAAGAUAAGAAUGCAUAAACGAAAACAGAGAAAAAUGAACUUUUUAAAUCGCAUCCGAGAAAAAGAAAAAACGAACAGUGACUGACGGCAAGUGGAAAUGGACCUAAGACGCAAUUUUACACACACACACACACACACACACACACACACACACACACACACACACACACACACACACACACACACAGAGAGACAGACAAACACACACAGAGAGACAGACAAACAGACAGACAGACACACACACACACACACACACAGUACCCAUAAAACAUUUUCUCAUUCUCUAGUUUUUUUUUUUCAGGCGCCACAGAGAUAUCCCAAAAUGAGACACAAAGUUUGGAAGAGUAGAUUUAAAACCAGCCUCUAGCAGGGCGCAGACGUGUCAUCGUGAUUUAUUUCGUUAAUUAUCAUUUCAGAUGUCCGUAAGCAGCCUGCAGAGUCUCUUGUCUUUCUCGCGCGCGGCCUGAAGAUCUCCCUGGCGUAACUCCGGUCUCCCCCUGUGUAACUAUUUUAACAUUCGGUUGCGGCCUGAAAACUGGUAGGAUUUAUGGGGGAAGGAGGACUGUGGCCGGUGGUUGGGAAGGCCCUUGACUGUCUUAUGUUGCCUGCCAGCCUGCCUGUCUGCGUGUCUGGGGAGUCUUCGCUAAGCUCCUGGGACUCCUUGGCACUCUCAAUUGUGGCAGAGCGUGAAAUGUGGGCACACACACGGUGUCUUGUCGGGGCCAUAGACAUAUGUCUAUUGGUCAGAGCCACCACCAGUCUGCUGCUGAGCUGGGGCGUCGUUCUAGUCUAGUGGAGCUGACUCAAACUUGCACCUCUUGCAUCCCCUGCUGGACAGGCCGAGUCACUGCCGCUCUUUGUCGACUUGAAAUCAAAAACAUAAGCAGCCGUUUAUUUCACUCUGUAUGUCUGCUGGUUUGCGUGCUCGUAUAAAAGGAGUGGUCUUCUUGUGUGCGUGUGCGUGUCUAACUGGAGUGCUAAGCGUGUCUGAGCCACAAGGGAGAAAAACAUCUUAGCUUAGAGGUCCCCAAUACCCGUUUUUUUUCAAACCGUUACAUUCAAAGUAGGUCCAUAUAGCAUUUCAUAUUUUUGAAAAAACUAGCUUUGCACCAACUGACAGUUGCACCUUUUUGAUUUCAAAUUGAAAUGAAUCGUUGAAGGGACUUUGGAUAUUAGCAUGUUGAAUACUUGAUGAUGGUUCCCCAACCUGAGCGAGCGAGAGAGAGAGAGAUUUGCGAUCCUCUGGUGUUUUGACACUACAGUCUGAGACUAAUGUAACACUAACACUUUGCAUUUCGUUUGGGGAGGCCCGGGACGGGGGUCUGCACAGUUGUUGGAAUCAUUAAAAAGGCCCCUCCUUCCUCCCUUCCUAGGGUGCAUGAUGCACCUCUCCUUUGGAAUUGGUUUGUUUUUGUUUUUUUGUACCCACCUCAUCGAGGAAACGCAGCCAAAAAACGUAUGUGUGUUUGUAUGUUUGUGUUAGUGUGCGUGUGCGUGUGUGGUAAAAUCAUGACCUAAAUUGCCUUGUUACCAUGAUCUGCCUGUUUAUGUAGUGCCUCUAUGCGAGUCUUUAGAGUUCCGCAUGGAUGAUCUAGUAUGAUCUAGCAGAGGCCUCAAUGAACUGUACUUCUAGAUGUCGUAAUAAAGUUUUCCAUGGUGUGUGUCCCGGAACUACAGGUUGUUGUGAGAGAAGGUCCUGUAUAUCUCUCUAUGGAUCAUUGGUCCUGUGCCCCGGAGCUGUUAAGUUGGCACCGUGUUGUUUUUUACUUCUUACAGUAGCCAGACAAACUUACUCGCUGGCUUCUGCCGUGGGCCUUGAUCGCAGUCUAAAAUGCCACUUGAUGGCCUCCUUUAGAGUAGGUAGAUUGUUGCAAUGUUCAUCCACACCACCAGGUGUCACUGAAUCCUAUGUGCUAUACCUUUACACAAUAUACACCUUGUUAUAAAAUUACACCAUGUUUCCCUGAAGUGCUCUUGCACCUGAUGCUGCUGGCAGUGUCUUAUUAUCUUCCCUCCUCCCUCUAAAGUUUACUGAGGAGAGGGUCACCAUAUUGUCUGUGACUUGUCACACAGACACACACUCCACACCAUGUCUGCUGUCAUACAAGUUCAAACACCCAACUCAGCACUCGUUAUAGCCCAUAGUAAUAUGUUGUAGCCUUUGGGCGGUGAGAGUUUACCUGAUCAUGUGAUGCGAGAGGGUUUUUGUGGUCCUUUGCAGUAUAGUGAGUGAAGAGACUUGUAAGCACCAUGUCUCUUGAGUUUUUUUUGUUUGUUUCUGUUAUAAAGUCUUAAAUAGAAAGACAUUUAGACAGGACUGGAUGUUGUCUAAAAGGAUAGGAUGUGCACUCUGAAGAGAGGCCCUGCGUUUGGCAGUGGGAUAUAUAUGUUAUCCUCCCAGCAUAUCAUGAUUUUAUUCUCACCUGAUAUUGGCCCUAUAAUAAUACACUAUACCCUGCCCCAACACACACACACACACACACACACACACACACACACACACACACACACACACACACACACACACACACACACACACACACACACACACACACACACACACACACACACACAUUCUGCUCCUCCCCGGACUUUCCACUCAGGCACACUAACACACCCCGACUCCACACUUCCUUGUUAUAUGACUCCCAAUGUUAUUUCCUGCCCUUGUGUAAGAAAUCACAUCUGUUUUAGUUCAGGGGUUUUCUUUCAUGUGUAUCAGUGCAGACUGGAUCUGAAAAGUUAGACAUCAAUAUAUUUUUUUGUUUUGGUAAGCAAAAGAGGGGCAAAGAAACACUCAAGAUAUGAAGUGGUAGCUCUGAAGGGCGCACCAGUGCCUUUGUGAUUUCAGGAGGGAAACAUCUAAUACACCAAACAAAAAAUUAACAAUGCCCCAUCACAGUGAAAUGACUUUUCAUUGUUUGUUGUUUUGUCGUCUUGUUGUUUCUCAUUUUACAAAGGGCUCCAUUCAUUUUGAGUUGAGGCGUUUGUGUGUGUACAAAUUGUAGUGCAUGUGUGUACACUUGUCUCUGCAACACUACAGAUUUUUAAAAGGGUUAUUUCAGUCUAAUCCAUUAGAGUACCAGACGCAUCGUAAAUUGUGAAAGUUUAAGAAAAAAGGAUUUCCUGGUACUCUGUAGUAUUAUUAUUUUAUACAAAUACAUAAAUAUAUAUACAUCUGUAAAAUUUUCUGAUUUUAAAUUAAUUUUUUGCAUGUGGGUCUUUUAUGUUAGCUUGUUAUGUUAUAGUUUUUUGUAUGUCCUGAUGAAUUUAACUGUAGUAUCCCAUUUAUCCUCCAGUAUUUGUACUUUCAUGACCUCUCCCAUCUUUACGUAAAUAAAUGUUCAAAAAACAUCAA